AAUUCUGCUCUGGUUGAUGGAACAAGAGUCAGUGCGAGGGGAGACUGCCUUAAAACCUAUCUAAAAAGCAUAUGCGACUACAGCUGGGAAACUCUGCUAAAGAAAGACAAGUAGCUGGAAAUAAUGCAAUUCUGUAACAAAGGAAGAAGAUAGAACUACUGUCUUCAGCCUCAGUGGAGAGCAGAAAACAGAUCAAUCUGCCUCUAAAACCAACAUGUCUCAGGAACAGGUUGAGGCCACAUCAACUGGCAAAUGGCUUGAGCCAAAAAGACCAGUUUCUCCUGCACCCAGCAAUGCUUCCAUGAAAAGUGACUGGUCCAAGGGUGAACCUCCCAGCUUCAGUAAAGGAAAACUGGGAUGCCUUGAGCCAAAAAGACCAGUAUCUCCUGCACCCAGCAAUGUUUCCAUGAAAAGUGACUGGUCCAAGGGUGAACCUCCAAGCUUCAGUAAAGGGGAACUGGGACUGCUUGAGCCAAAAAGACCAGUAUCUCCUGCACCCAGUGAUGUUUCCAUGAGAAGUGACAGGUCCAAGGGUGAACCUCCCAGCUUCAGAGAAGAGGAACCACGGCCACGUGAGGAUGAUAGACAAGGUUCUCCUGCACCCAGCAAUGCUUCCAUGAAAAGUGACAGGUCCAAGGGUGAACCUCCAAGCUUCAGUAAAGGAGAACUGGGGCCGCUUGAGGAAAAGAGACCAGUUUCCCCGGUAUCCAGCAAUGUUUCAAUGGAAAGUGAAGGAGAACUGGGCAACAAUUCUGAGGAUGAUCCCCUCAACUUCAUGCCUGAGUCAAGCAGUGCCUCCAAGAAAAUGAAGCAAGACAAAGAAGUCAAAGACAAACUCACAGCAGACCUGAAGAAGAGAAUCCUCACUCAGCAUGAAGAGAAACUUAGACCGGACACCGACACAGAAAUCUACAAGAUACAAGCUGACAAAAGCGAGGAAGCUAAAGCACAAACCUUUAAGAAAUUAUUUUCUGGUGUAAAGAAAAAGAAAGUAAGAACAGUACUAAUGAAAGGAGUGGCUGGCAUUGGUAAAACAUUUCAAACAAGUUUGUUUAUGGUGGACUGGGCAAAAGGAAACUCCAACAAAGAGAUAGAUUUGAUAGUGUCAUUGAACUUCAGUGAGCUGAAUUCAAAAAGAGACAAAGUUCAAGCCAUGAAAGAUCUGCUGCGUCAUUCCAUCAAUGAUGAACAAGGAGUUUACAAGUAUGACAAAUGUAAAGUAGCUUUUGUCCUUGAUGGCUUGGAAAAAUGCGAACUCCCUCUGGAUUUUGCAAACAACAAAGAGAUGACCGAUAUGGAAAAGCCAGCCACGAUGGAUGUGUUGCUAACAAACCUCAUCAAGGGGAAACUGCUUCCCACUGCUCGUCUCUGGAUCAUCUCUCAACCCUCAGGAGUUGAUAAGAUUCCUCCUGAAUAUAUUAACAAAGUGACAGAAUGUCGAGAGACCUCAAAGCGACGGCAGAAGCUGGUGUCAGCAUUGAGAGAAAGAUUUCUUAAAGAAAUCACUCAAGAUGAAGACUUAAAUCAUCCUAACCAGAAAAACACAGAACACAUCAUUAGAGAAGACAGAAGUGGUGAGGUCAAUGAUGAAGAGAAAAAUGGAUGUCCUGCGGCAAAGUCAGUGAUCCAAGUGAACUCAGUAUCUGAUAUCUUCAAAGACGGAAAAGGACAAAAGAUCAGAACUGUGCUGACCACUGGAAAAGCUGGGAUUGGGAAAUCUUUCCAUGUGCAGAAAUUCAUAAAAGAGUGGGCCAGAAAUGACAAUAAGUCAAUUUUAACUUGGUUGCUAGGUGCAGCAAAGGCAAGGAUAUAUGGAAAAGAAGAAGAGGCAGUUGUAUUUCCACUUCACAUCUCUAAGCUUAGUUUGAUAAAAGAAGAAAAAGUCAGUUUGAUGGGACUUCUUAAUCAUUUCUUCAAGGAAACCAAAGAAUUUGUGAUCUCUAACUUUGAACAUCUCAAAGUUUUAUUUGUUUUGGAUGGACUGGAUGCGUAUCAGCCUCCUCUUCACUUUGACAACAAGAAGACCUUGACUGAUGUCAGAGAGCCAGCUUCAGUGAAUGUGCUACUGACAAACCUCAUCAGAGGAGACCUGCUUCCUUCUGCCCAGCUCUGGAUGACCUCCCGAAAGAAGCUGCCUGAUGCACCUGUCAACAGGAUGACAGAAAUACGAUGUAAGCCUGAUGUUGCAAGUCAACACAUGCUCAAAUCUCAGCUGAAGGAGCAAUUUACCCAUGUUCCUGAGGGGAUGGAUAUGCAGAAAACCUCUGCUCUUCUAAACGAAAUCUACACAGACCUCUACAUCAUAGAGGGAGAGAGAGGAGAGGUCAAUGUUCAGAAUGAGAUCAGACUAGUUCAAGGUGCAAAGUUCAAACCAGAGGGACAAGAAACAUCAAUAAAAUAUAACAAGAUCUUCAAACAGUCUGGGGAAAAUAAACCAAAAAUUAGAACAGUGCUAACGUUGGGAGUGGCAGGCAUCGGAAAAACAUUUGCUACGAAGAAGUACAUGCUGGACUGGGCUGAGGAUGAGGACCACGGGGAUGUAUUUUAUAUGUUUCCACUUUCUUUCCGGGAGCUGAAUUUGAGAAAAGAGCAAGAGCACAGCUUGGAGGAUCUCAUUCACCAGUUUUGUCCAGCUAUGAUGACAUCCGAAAUAACGGACUAUAACAAGUACAGAAUUCUGAUUGUCCUUGAUGGUCUCGAUGAAUGUCGCCUCAGGCUUGACUUCAAUGAAAGUAAUAAUUGGACAGACAUGAGAAAGCCAACCUCAGUGAAUGUUCUGCUGACAAACCUCAUUCAAGGAAAUCUGCUUUCGGAAGCUCAAAUCUGGAUCACCUCCCGACCUGCAGCAUCCAACAAUAUUCCUGCUGAUAAAGUUGACCGGGUGACAGAGGUGCGAGGAUUUAAUGAUGAGCAGAAGGAGGAGUACUUCAGGAGGAGAUUCAGUGAUAAAGAUAUGGUUGAGAAAAUCGUGUCCCAUGUCAGGAAAUCAAGGAGCCUUUACAUCAUGUGUCACAUCCCUGUCUUCUGCUGGAUCACAGCAAACGUUCUGGAGGACUUUGUGAACAGAAACCAAGAAGAAAGAAUGCCCAAGACUCUCACUGACAUGUACAUUUACUUUCUUGUCUUGCAAUGCAGACAGGCUAAUGUGAAGUAUGGUGAGGAUGAAACAGGCGACGGCUCUGAAACAGAUUCAUGCUGGAAUACCAGGAACAAGGAAACAAUCAUGUCUCUGGGGAAACUGGCAUUUGAAGGGCUACAGGAAGGAAACCUUGUCUUCACUGAGGAAAACUUGACUGAGUGCGGUGUUGACAUCAUAAAAGCUGCAGUCUUCUCUGGAUUAUUCACUCAGAUCACACGAGAGGGCCCUGGGCCGCGCCAACAGAAAUUGUUCUGCUUUGUCCAUCUGAGCAUCCAUGAGUUCCUGGCAGCUUUUUAUGUCUUUCACACAUUCAACAACACAGGUGAAAAUCUGCUGACCGUGCCUGCUUCACCAGUUGAAGGCUUGCCUGCUGCAGACUUCUACAAGACAGCGGUGGAUAAGGCUUUGGAUAGCCAAAAUGGAGACUGGGAUCUGUUUCUCCGCUUCCUGCUAGGCCUCUCCCUGGAGACAAAUCAGAAUCUACUGCAAGAGCUGCUGAAGAAAACAGAAAACAAUAAAGAAAUCAACGAUGACACCAUUCAGUACAUCAAAGAAAAGAUCAGAGAAGAGAACAGUGAUGCUGAUAAGAAUUGCAAUCUUUUCUACUGUCUGAACGAGCUGAAUGACCACUCUCUUGUUGAGGAAGUGAAAACGUACCUGCGCUCAGAAAACGUCACAUUUGAAAAUUUCUCUACCUCCCAGUGGUCAGCUCUGACUUUUGUGCUGCUGACAUCAGAUGACAAGCUUGAUGUGUUUGAUCUAAAAAAGUACCUGAAAUCAGAGAAAGUUCUUCUUGGAAUGUUGCCGGUGGUCAAAGUCUCCAAAAUUGCUUUGCUGAGUUGGUGUGAGCUCUCUGAGAAAUCCUGUAGCGGUCUGUCAUCCUCAGUCCUCAGCUCCGCAUCCUGUAAUCUCACAGAGCUGAACCUGAAUCACAAUGACCUGCUGGAUUCAGGUGUGCAGAUGCUUGCUGUUGGUCUACAGAGUAUACACUGUAAACUGGAGAUUCUCAAGUUGUCAGGUUGUCAGGUGACAGAGAAAGGAUGCUUAUCCCUGGCUUCAGCUCUCAGGUCCAAAAAUGCCUCCACACUGAAACAGUUGGAUCUCAGUUACAAUCACCCAGGAGCUGAUGGGAAGAAGAUGCUCUCUGAUAUAGCUGCAGAUCCAAAUACAAACCUGGAGACUCUCUGUUUGGAGCAUGAUGGAGCGCAUCGGUUAAAGCCAGGGAUGAAAAAGUAUGGUGUACACCUGAAGCUUGAUGAAAACACAGCAGGCAAAAGGCUUUCUGUGUUUGAAGGGAACAGAAAAGUAAAAACUGUGAAGGUGGAGGAGAAGGUGUCCCAACCUGAAAACACUGAAAGGUUUAAGAGGUCGCAGGUGAUUUGUGAGGAGGGCCUGAAAGGCCUCUGCUACUGGGAGGUGGAGUGGGAAGGGACAGUCGGCAUCGCAGUGACGUAUGAAGCAGUGGGUAGGGGAUGUGACAGCAGUGGUGGCCUGGGAUGCAAUGAGGUGUCAUGGAGUCUGCUCUGCUCGAAGUCUGGAUACAUUCCAUUACAUGGGAAGGAAUCCAAAACUAUUGAUACUAAGAAAAAGCCCAAAGUGCCCCUUUGUCACAAAAUAGCAGUGUUUCUGGACUGGGAACGUGGUACUCUGACUUAUUACGGUGUCACAUCAGGAAAGCUGAGCCACAUACACACCUUCCAUGCUGAAUUCAAAGAGCCAAUCUUCCCAGGCUUCUGGUUUAAGAAGGGCUCUGCCACUUUGUGUGAGACAGACUGAACCCCUCUGAGAUGGGGAAAAGUACUGUAGUGAUCCCUUGAUGCUCAUCUCCACAUUUCAGUACAUUAGCAAAAGCUCAUCUGCAUGAUUUCAGUACCAUUAUAUACAACUAUUUUGUGCCGUUUUUCCUUUACCUGUUCAUACUGUACUCAUACUCAUACAUUAUGAAAGAAGUGAAGUCGUUAAUUAAAUGAUGUGAUGAAGAAAACAAAUACAGCUUUUUGUAAAACUUUGAAAUAUACAUUUAACCAGUUUUUUUUCAAUCUGUAGUCAAAUCAUCUUUGCAUACAAAACAUUUACCUCUUUGUCAUCUUUUUCAUAAAUAUGCAGCAGCAGAGCCUUCUGUGGCAACAUAGGCAGUUGCUGUAUAUUUGAGUUCAUUUCUAAAGAGGAAACUUGCUUAGGGUGCCGAAUGUGCCUGGCACUGCAAAUAUGUUUUCUUAUAAUGCACUGUAGAUUGUGUGUAAAUGAUCAUACUGAUACUACAGAGGACAACAAUGAAAAUUGCUGUAAGAUUUUUAAUACGUGUACUGUUCAUUCCUCCCUGCUUGAAUUGACAAAAGUAUGAGGGAGCUCCUUAAAGAUUUACUAUGCAGGACUUUCUUUAAAAACCCUCUCAGUCAUUACUUAAGUCUUCUAGAAAUGUAUAGCGCUGUGUUUUUCUGCACAUAUUCUGCCCUCUACCUGUAGUAUCUUAUAUUCUUUUUAUUUUCCAUGUUUGGUACUAUUAUGGCUGUGUACCCCCCACAGCACUCAGGUGAGGUAAGGGCUUUAAAAAAAGGUAGCAACCAGCUGCCAGACAGAGACACAGUGCCGAAAAAAUGCAAAAAUAGCAAGGUGAAAUGAGAGUGAAUGUGGCUUUUGGCUUUUACUUUCACUGUGCUGGUGUGUAUAUAAACAGUAAUGGACAAUCCUGCAUAGUGUACCUUUAAACUCGGUGGAAGUACGAGUGUAUAUACAGACUGAAGCAAAUGUACAGCAUUUAACCAGCCUUACUCCUGUCUGAUGCAGUACUUUUGUUCCACUAGAGUUUCAAGGAUAUUAUAAUGAAACUUUUAGGAUUUGAUGUAUUUCAUGUUAGAAUGUGUCAGUGUGACUAUUAGACUGUGAUAAAAUGGAAGUGACAUGUUGUGAUGACUGCUGUUUAUUAGUAAAGAUCCAUUGUACUACUGACAUAAUAUGUUUAUUUUAUUUUUUUUUUUAAAUUUUUGAAUAUUUAUGUGCACAGUCAUAAAGAAUCUAUCAAAUCCAUGAUAUUCUUAAGACUGAAAUAUGUUGACUAAUGAGAUUAUGAUGUAAAGAUAUGGAAACGUUUCUCUCAUUCAUGUUGUUAUGCCUUUAAAAAAAUUAAACUUUUUCUAUUGAAACUAA